AUGCAUUUCCCGGCACGGAACUGCGCCCCUAUCGUGUCGGCAGCAACAGCCAUGGGGCGGGUAUCACGCGGCAUCCCGUAUGCUUCACUGAGGAGAUUGGGUUCUGCGGGGUGGAAUGGCUGCAAUGGGAAAGGCUCUGGGCUAGCAACCCGACACUUUCAUUCGACUAUCAUGAGGGACUAUGGAAUUAGAGCUUCUGGUGUACCGCCUGCGACAAAAAUGCAACGCAUUGGACUGGAAGCAGUGUCUCCUAAUCGUCUUGGGUGGAGCCAGUUCAGGAGUUUCAGCAAGGCAGACCACACGCAAGUCUCUGGCGAUAACCAGAAGACGGAAGAGUUGUUGGAGAAGUUUGAGGUUCAAGAGGGGAAUCAGGAGGCUCGGCCUCAGCAUCAUAUUCUCCAUGAGGAUGGUAAGGGCGAGCAGCCUGCGACGCAGGGAGAACAAUGGCCGGAAAGAAUGACCAAAGGCAAAAUGCUGACGACGCCAUCAAGGCUGUUCAAGCUGAUCAUUCCGUUAACGAUUGUUGGCGAUCUCGGCCAUGACAAAGAGAUCGAACCGAUAGCUAUCCUCGUUCACCCACAGCAACCUCUAUCCUACCUAGAACGUCUUAUCCAGUCCGAGCUCCCUCCAAUUAAAGGACAAACAGACAAACUCCGACCACCGGCCAUCUCCUUCAUCGCACUUCAGCACGAAGACAACGCAAUCAAACCCAAAAAGAAAGUCGAAGAUGACAUCGACGUUGAUGCAGAACACCCGGACAACGUCAACAGCAAAGAUUACGUCCCAGGAAACGACGGUGUUGGUGGCAGCAAGCCGCUCGGCAGUAAGCCAGCCUUUCAGCGUCGUCGUCGUACCCAGGAUGAAGACGCAGAAACAUACAGCUACCCGCGGAAUACAGAAGGCUCGGAUAACGGCGAACCAGACCGAUUCGUGCGCUGGUCCCAGGCCACCGAAGUAGGCGACUUUAUCCGCGACGCAGCCAGAGCCCGCGAGUUCAUCGUCACUAUUGAAGGAGCGCCAGUGGGUCUUGGCCAGAUCCGGGUUGCAGUGCCGUCUUUCAACGAACGCACAUACUACCUGCGCAUGCGACUGCGCAAGCUCUCGAGGCGGAUUCAAACCUUGGCCGAAAUCAAAGAAACAUGCGAUGCUUUAGCGCACCGAGGUGCCCAGCGCGUUGCAAUCGGUGGAUUUGGAAUUCUUUCCGUGUGGUGGUUCACAGUCUACAAGUUGACGUUUGAAACGGACUUGGGAUGGGAUACCAUGGAACCGGUGACCUACUUGGUCAGUUUGUCCACGUUGAUGGGAGGUUAUCUGUGGUUUUUGUACCACAACCGAGAAAUCUCUUACAAGUCGGCAUUAGACUUUACAAUUAGCGCCAGACAGAAGAAGCUGUAUCAGCUGCACAAGGUGGACUUGCAGCUUUGGGAGUCUCUGAUUGACGAGGGUAACUCUCUUCGUCGGGAGAUCAAGAACAUCGCUGCUGAAUAUGAUGCCGAAUGGGAUGAGCGUGCUGAUGAGCAAGAUCGGCGCGUGACUGAAGUCCUCAAGUCUGAGCGCAGGCAAAAGAAUAAUAAACAGUCGGAGUCUGAUGAUAAGGAUGACAAGGAUGACGAUUGA